GUGUGUUUGUCAGAGUGUGUGUGUGUGCAGCAGACAGUCCAUCCCAUUCUGUCAGGCCAGGCCACUCUUGAUUGGGGACAUACAUCCUUGCCUGCCUGAGCUCGAACACUAAAACAGAGCGGUGAUUACAAGCAGGUGCACAGAUGACUGAGGCAGAGGGGGGCUGAGAGGGACCGGGGGAAAAGUUUGGAUGGUCCGUGUGAUGCGGCGACGAGCAUCAUGUCCUUAAUGAAAAGGGCACCUGUGUUGCUCCGAGGACUACUAGCCAGCAGCCCUGCUCUGUGGUGGCACGACUGGGUGAACCCCGAUCUGAUCUGACCGCCUGCUGGGACUGGAAGUGGAUGGAAAUCUCCGAGGUGUAAAAAUGCGGUUGUGGUGGAUUUUACUGUUUGGUUUUUGGAGUGUCUGUGGGGAACUGCCGUUCAUAGCUGAGAACAACGCGGCUAUGUUGGUCAACUGGAAUGCUGUUGAUGGGAACAAAAAGCUGUACGCCAUCUACGAUACGAGUGUUAACGAGCCGGGGAACAUGUCUUACGUCAAAGAGACUGUGGAUAAACUGUUGAAAGGAUAUGAUAUCCGUCUCCGGCCGGACUUUGGAGGUGCACCGGUGGCUGUUGGCAUGAGUAUAGAUGUGGCGAGUAUAGACAUGGUGUCAGAGGUCAACAUGGACUACACGUUGACGAUGUACUUCCAGCAGUAUUGGAGAGAUAAGAGACUGGCCUAUGCAGGGAUCCCUCUCAACCUGACACUGGACAACAGAGUAGCAGACCAGCUCUGGGUCCCAGACACCUACUUCCUCAAUGACAAGAAGUCCUUUGUUCACGGUGUCACGGUUAAGAACCGAAUGAUUCGACUACACCCGGAUGGCACCGUUCUCUACGGCCUCAGAAUCACGACGACAGCAGCUUGCAUGAUGGAUCUGAGGAGGUACCCGCUGGACGAACAGAACUGCACUCUGGAAAUUGAGAGUUAUGGUUACACAACAGAUGAUAUCGAGUUCUACUGGAAAGGAGGAGACACUGCUGUGACUGGGGUGACACGCAUCGAGCUCCCUCAGUUCUCCAUAGUCGACUACAAACUGGUUUCCAGGAACGUGGUCUUUUCCACAGGUGCCUACCCUCGACUGUCUCUGAGCUUCAAGCUAAAGCGAAACAUCGGAUACUUCAUCCUGCAGACGUACAUGCCCUCCAUCCUCAUCACCAUCCUAUCCUGGGUGUCAUUCUGGAUAAAUUACGAUGCCUCGGCUGCCAGAGUUGCAUUAGGGAUCACCACUGUCCUGACCAUGACAACCAUCAACACCCAUUUAAGAGAGACUCUGCCCAAGAUCCCCUAUGUGAAAGCUAUAGACAUGUACCUGAUGGGCUGCUUCGUGUUUGUCUUCCUUGCACUGCUGGAAUACGCCUUCGUCAACUACAUCUUCUUUGGACGAGGUCCUCAGAUGCAGAAGAAACUGGCUGAGAAGGCGCAGAAGGCAAAUAAUGACCAGGAUAAAUUUGAUGGACCCAAGUCCGUACUGGAAGGAGGCAAUUGCAAGUCUUCGUCUGUUAAACAGUCCAAUCAGGUACAAGGGCGUCGUCACUCACGGCGGGUCGACUCCCAGGGGAACAUUUUGCUGACAACCUUGGAGAUCCACAACGAGGUGGGAGGGAAUGAGAUCACAACCACUGUAAGCGAGACCCACAACUCCUCCUCCAUGGUGUACGACAACUCGGGGGUCCAGUACAGGAAGCCAAGCGGGCCGCGCUCCAGCCUGGACAGGAACGCGCAUCUAAAGAAAACUCGGCUGCGGAGACGAUCCUCACAGCUCAAAAUCAAAAUCCCGGACCUCACCGAUGUGAACGCCAUCGACAGAUGGUCACGGAUAAUAUUCCCCUUCAGCUUCUCCCUCUUCAACAUCAUCUACUGGCUUUACUACGUCAACUAACGCACUGAUGUUUUUUAAACCCAUUUCUGUCUCUGUGUCAUUUCUGACUUCUUUAUGUGAAGAACAUUAUACGGUGAAAACCUAAUGAACUUUUUUUUAUCAUAGCGUGAGCAGACUUUGAACUGUGACUCAGACGCAAGGAGUCAUCUGCAGGACAUGUAUUUUACAAAGAUGUUCAGAACACUGAGACUUGUGAAGAGCUGGGACAUUAUAUCUCACGGGUCGAGCCACAGACUCUUUGUGGUGUUGUGUAUCAAAGAGCAUUUACACUGCUUUAGGUCGACUGUACCCAUAAUGUCAGUAUAAAAUGUGGUCGUUGUGAUGCAACUUAAUGCUAACGACGAGACAGCUGACGAAGAUUCAUACUGUUAUUACAGUUGUCUGUCGAUCUGCACAUGGACGAAUAUGAUCAUAUAAACAGACUCCAGACAGGUCAGAGUUUGAAAUCAUUUGCAGAGAAGCCAGAUUUAAAGGAACUGUUCAAUCUUUUGAGAAAUACACCUUUUCCCUUUCUUGCCGAGAGUCAGAGCUGUUUCACACCAAGCAUGGAUUUUCAUCUGAAACAUUAGCACAGAAAUUUGAGAGUUUGUGGGGUCUCAUGAAUGGUUGCACACCCCUGUAGAACACUUGUGCAGGGGCCUCGAUUUCCACCAUAGAUAAAUAAUAAUACCUAGAUACUGGACCCCAAGAUGGCGCCUGUUUAGUCCAGUGAAACUUUUAGCUCCUGGGUUUACUUCUGAGGUACCAGACCACUAAAUAUGUGCAGCGACGUUUCUCACUGGCUCCCCCACAGGUUCCCUCUUGGCUCAUAGACCUUACAUGAUGACAUCACAGAUUUUUCAAAAUUUACAACUAUAAAACCUCCGUGGCUCAAAUAUUCAUAACUAAUAGUCAUAAUUGACCUCGUUUGCAGUUCAAGGUGUCCUGUCAACAGUUUCUUUUAUAAUCGUGGUCUAUGAGAAAAAUGCUAUUAGGGCCACAGGGAUUUUUUUCGUUGCAAUACCAGAAGUGGCCACUGGUAGAAAUUGGAAGCAAGGCUGAGUGGUGUUCCUGGGGCCCUGAUUUCUGCCUGUGGAAAUAUACAUUUGGUCGAUUAAAUCUUUUAUUCCAACUGAUGUCAUACCUCCAGGUCGUAGCUAGCUUGUUGCCAAAAUAGGGGAACGUCUUAUCAGUUUGGCCUCUCAACACCUAACAUUGUACAACAAACACCGCGACUACCUCAACAACUAAAUAAAGGACGAUACAUAGCUUUCGAUCACUCAGCAGCUUGCUAACGCUAUAUGCAUGUCACAGAACAGCUAGCAUUAGCAUCAUCAGAUGGAUUGUGUGCUUGAAGUUAGCCCCUUAGAUAUUCUCUCUCACGUGGAUGUCCUUGCUGCAGCGGCUGUGGAUUCGAUCGGUUCUGCAUGUUGCCCCCUGUCUCUCCCUCUUUCACAGUCAAUUUGUUGUUAUCUUAUGAAGACAAAAAAAGUCAAGGCAACAUGGAUAAUUCACACUGGCCCACCCAGUGUGAAAUAUUCAUCAUGCGAAUUUUCUAUAUUCCUGCACCACAUUUUUGCAUCACACUGGUGAGAAACAGCUUUUAGAUGAGAAGAUUUCACACCACUGUCACGCACAUAUGCUAAACAUGAAGCUACAGCCAGCAGCCACUUAGCUUAGCUUAGCAUAAAGACCAGAAGCAGGGGGAAACAGCUCAACAUACUUCCUAAAACGUUGAACAAGUCCUUCAUUCAUGCCAGCGACUGUUCACCGGUUGUGUUGAGGUGGACUCUGGGACUGCUGUGACCUCGCUCCGUUGAAUAACGGAGUUAAACACUGUGUAAGAACGUCAAAAAGUAGCUUUGAUUUCAGAGCCCAGGUUUAUGAGCAAGAGAGGCUGAAGGAAAUCAUACCAGCAUUUUAUAAAGCUGUCAUUCUGUCAUUCACUGCCAUUACUGAAAGGAAUAUUUGACAGUUUUGGAAAAUAUGCUUAUUUGCUUUUUUGCUAAGAUUUAGAUGAGAUGAUCCGUGCCUCUCAGUCAGUUAGCUUAGCUGAGCAUAGAGACUGUAAAUAGGGGAAUGUGCUUAUUUAAUCCAUCAUAAAUGUCCUGUAACUGUUUUUUGGCCGAGCACUGUGAUUUCCACAACUUGUCCCUUUUAACGUUUCUGCAUAAACAAACAAGAAUUUACAUGCUAAUUAGCAGGGCUGCCCCCUAAAAGUUGUUAGUGGACCAGAAAGGUUAUUAGUUGGCAAGAUUUCAUUGAUUGUUUGCAGUAGCAAAAAAAAAACAAAAAAAAACUGUGAAACGUGAAUUUAA